AUGUCUGCUAUGCAAAUUGACUCUCCUCCUCAAACAAUUGAUGAGAGUUUGUACUCAAGACAAUUGUAUGUCUUGGGUAAAGAAGCCAUGAUUAAAAUGCAAAAUGCAAAUGUUCUUAUUAUUGGAUUGAAAGGUUUAGGUAUUGAAAUUGCUAAAAAUGUUGCUCUUGCCGGGGUAAAAUCUUUGAGUUUAUAUGAUCCUUCACCAAUUGAAUUAAAAGACUUAUCUACUCAAUUUUUCUUAUCCAAAUCUGAUAUUGGUAAGUCAACUGCCGAUGUUAGUGCUGAAAAAUUAAAGGAAUUAAAUCAAUAUGUUCCAAUAUCUGUUAUUGGUGACUUAAAUGAAUCAACUUUAGCUAAAUUCAAAUGUAUAGUUACUACCAAUGUUUCUUUGGAAGAACAAGUUAAAAUUAAUACUUUCACUCAUAAAAAUGAUAUUGGUUUUAUCAACGCUGAUAUUAGAGGUUUAUUCGGUCAAUUGUUUGUGGAUUUUGGUGAAAAUUUCACUGUUAUAGAUCAAACCGGUGAAGAACCUUUAACCGGUAUCGUUUCCGAUAUUGAAAAAGAUGGUAGUGUUACCAUGUUGGAUGAUAAUAGACACGGUUUACAAGAUGGUGACUAUGUUAAAUUCUCAGAAGUUCAAGGUAUGCCUAAAUUAAAUGAUGGUUCUCCUCAUAAAAUUGAAGUCUUGGGUCCUUAUGCUUUUAAAAUUCAAAUCGAUGAAUCUUAUGGAGAAUAUAUUAAAGGUGGGUUAUAUCAACAAGUUAAAAUGCCUGCAAUUCUUAAGUUUGAACCUCUUGUUAAACAAUUGGCUAAUCCAGAAUAUGUAAUUUCAGAUUUCGCUAAAUUCGAUAAACCUCCUCAAUACCAUUUGGGUUUCCAAGGUUUACACGCCUUUAAAACUAAACACGAUAGAUUACCUGGUCCUUAUAAUGAACAAGAUGCCAAUGAAUUCAUUCAAUUGGUUAAAGAAAUUGCUACUAGCUCCAACUUUGAAGGUGAUCUUGAUGAAAAAGUCCUCCGCGAAUUAUCCUAUCAAGCUACCGGUGAUAUCCCUGGUCUCGUUGCCUUUUAUGGUGGUUUAAUUGCUCAAGAAGUUCUUAAAUGUUGUUCUUCUAAAUUCGGCCCAGUUAAACAAUGGUUAUACUUUGAUUCUUUGGAAUCAUUACCUUCAAAUGAUGAAUUCCCAAGAAAUGCUGAAACUACUAAACCAAUUAAUUCAAGAUAUGACUCUCAAAUUGCAGUCUUUGGUAAAAAAUACCAAGAAACUAUUUCAAACUUGAAAGUCUUCUUGGUUGGUUCUGGUGCCAUUGGUUGUGAAAUGUUGAAAAAUUGGGCUAUGAUGGGUUUAGGUGCUGGUCCUAAUGGUCAAAUCAUCAUUACUGAUAUGGAUUCCAUUGAAAAAUCUAAUUUGAAUCGUCAAUUCUUAUUCAGACCAAAAGAUGUCGGUAAAAAUAAAUCAGAUGUUGCUGCUCAAGCAGUCCAAGUUAUGAAUCCUGACUUAGAAGGUAAAAUCGAAUCUAAAUUAGAAAAAGUUGGUAGUGAUACUGAACAUAUUUUCGAUGACAAUUUCUGGAAUAAUUUGGAUUUUGUUACCAACGCUUUGGAUAACGUCGAUGCUAGAACUUAUGUCGACCGUCGUUGUAUCUUUUAUAGAAAACCUUUAUUGGAAUCAGGUACUUUGGGUACUAAAGGUAAUACUCAAGUUGUUAUUCCUAAUUUAACUGAAUCCUAUUCUAGUUCUCAAGAUCCUCCAGAAAAAUCAAUCCCAUUAUGUACUUUAAGAUCAUUCCCUAAUAAAAUUGAUCAUACUAUUGCUUGGGCAAAAUCUUUAUUCCAAGGUUAUUUUGCAGACUCUCCAGAAAGUGUAAAUUUAUAUUUGAGUCAACCAAACUACGUUGAACAAACUUUGAAACAAAACCCAGAUAUUAAAGGUACCUUGGGUAAUAUUGCCAAUUAUUUAAAUAACCGUCCUUAUAGCUUUGAAGACUGUAUAAAAUGGGCUAGAAUAGAAUUUGAAUCUAAAUACAAUCACGACAUCCAGCAAUUAUUAUAUAACUUCCCCCCAGAUGCUAAAACUUCAGCUGGUGCUCCUUUCUGGUCAGGUCCAAAAAGAGCUCCAACCCCUCUUAAAUUCGAUAUUAACAAUAGUGAUCACUUCAAUUUCAUCGUUGGUGGUGCAAAUUUAUUAGCGUUUAUUUACGGCUUAAAAGGCCCUCAAGCCACUUUUGAAGAUUACAAAAAGGUGUUAGAUGAAAUUAAAAUUGAGCCAUUUGUUCCUAAAUCUGGCGUUUCUAUUGCCGCUAACGACAACGAAGCUGAGGAAGAGGCUAAAAACUUAUCGGGUAGCUUAGAUGAAGAUGAACUUAAAAAGAUCGCUGCUACUUUACCUGAACCUUCAACUUUAGCCGGCUAUCGUUUGACUCCAAUUGAAUUCGAAAAAGAUGAUGAUACCAAUCACCACAUUGAAUUUAUUACUGCUGCAUCCAAUUGCAGAGCUUUAAAUUAUGCUAUAGAAACUGCAGAUGCUUCAAAAACUAAAUUCAUUGCUGGUAAGAUUAUCCCAGCUAUUGCCACUACUACUGCUUUGGUCACUGGUUUGGUCUGUCUUGAAUUAUACAAAGUGGUUGCUAAAAAUGAUGAUAUUGAAGCUUACAAGAAUGGGUUUAUCAAUUUGGCUUUACCUUUUAUUGGAUUCUCAGAACCAAUUAAAUCUGCUAAAGGUAAAUACAACGAUAAAGAAUUUGAUCAAAUUUGGGAUAGAUUUGAAUUACACGGUGAUAUAACAUUAAAAGAGUUGAUUGAUCAUUUCCAAGAAAAAGAAGGCUUGGAAAUCUCAAUGUUAUCUUACGGGGUUUCUUUAUUAUAUGCUUCAUUUUUCCCACCAAAGAAGGUCAAAGAUAGAUUAAGCUUAAAAUUGACCGACUUAAUUAAAGAAGUUAGUAAAAAAGAUAUUCCUCCACAUGUAAAGAAUUUAAUCUUUGAAAUCUGCUGUGAUGACAAAGAAGGUGAAGAUGUCGAGGUUCCUUAUAUUAAUGUUAAAAUUUAA